AUGCGAAUGCGCACGUGGCUGUUCGGCCUGCUGCUGCUAUGUCUUUGCCUAGCAGUAGCAGCGCAGGACGACACUACAUGCAGCGCAAGCAAACGCUGUAAGAAUGGCUGCUGUAACAAAUCCGGCAACUGUGGCUUUGGCCCUGAUUAUUGCGGAACCAACUGUCAAUCGGACUGCGAUCGCAAGUCGGAGUGCAAUCCUGGAUUUGGCUCUAAAUGGGCCGAAAACGACAAAUGUCCUCUCAAUGUCUGUUGCUCCAAGCACGGGUAUUGCGGCACUACCAAAGACUUCUGCGGUUCGAAAAAGGUUAAGAAGCCCAGUUGCAGCAAGACUGGCGAUGUCUCUCGAGUUAUUGGAUACUUUGAGGGAUGGGCGAAAGCCCGUCCCUGCGAAGCCUUCUCCCCCGAGCAGAUUCCGAUCGGACUAUACACGCACAUCAACUUCGCUUUCGCCACCAUCGACCCCAAGACCUUCGAGAUAAAGCCAGACAAAGAAUCCGACAUCCGAAUGUAUAAGCGUCUUACCGAACUCAAGAGACGGGAUCCUGAACUCAAGGUCUAUAUCGCAGUUGGUGGCUGGACCUUCAAUGACCCAGGUCCAACCGCGUCUACGUUUUCCGACCUUGCAGCUUCUCUUCCUCGUCAAAGAGCCUUUAUGAAGUCCCUUGUGUCGUUCAUGAGUACCUACGGGUUCGAUGGCCUGGACUUGGACUGGGAAUACCCUGUCGACACGGACAGAGGCGGUCGGGCCGUUGACUUUGCCAAUUUCCCCAAGUUCAUGGAGAGACUCAAGAGCAUGUUGGACGCCGCCGACAAAGGUCUCAGUAUCACGCUGCCUGCGUCGUAUUGGUAUCUGAGACAGUUCGACAUCAAGAAACUCGAAAAAUCGGUUGACUUCUUCAACAUUAUGUCCUACGACUUGCACGGUGCCUGGGACCAAGGCAAAAACUACACCCAACCCUUCCUCAAUGCUCACAGCAACCUCACGGAGAUCGACCUCGCCCUCGAUCUGCUUUGGCGAAACAACAUUCAGUCGGACAAGGUUGUCCUCGGCAUGGGCUUCUACGGUCGCGCUUUCUCGGUCCAGACUGGAACCUGUACCAAACCCGGUUGCUUGUUUAAGGCAGCGGGUAAGGCUGGGGACUGUAGUCGCGAGAGGGGCAUCCUGCUGAACUCGGAGAUUGUCACUACUAUCAAGAAGUACAACAUCAAGCCCGAGUUCUAUAAGGAGGAGGCUGUCAAAGUUGCCAAAUGGGGUAACCAAUGGGUUUCCUACGAUGACGAGGACACGUUCAAACUCAAGACUGAUUAUGCGAAAUCUCGAUGUCUUGGAGGUGUCAUGGUAUGGGCCAUAUCGCAUGAUACCAAAGAGGCGAGGUUUAACAAAGCCUUGGCCUUGUCACUGGACCGCAAAACCACAUCGGGCGAGUUUGACGAGAAUGAGAAGGCAUACGACAUCAAGAAGAUCCCCAACGAGCAAUGUCGCUGGACCAAUUGCAAGGAGGGAUGUCGCAAGGGCUGGGUGGCUGUCCCCCGCAGCGACUCAGGUGCGCGCAAGAACGAGAUCAUGUUUGACGAGACUGGCUGUGGCGGUGAUGGCGGCCAUACCUUCUGCUGCCCUGCGGAUUCUACAAAGAUGCCCACGUGCGGCUGGUACGGGCAUAACAAUGGCCGUUGCCCAACUAGCAGCGAGUGUCCAAGCGACAUGACGGAGAUUGCCUCCAACGAGAUUUACUGCAAGAAGAAAGGCUCGAAGAAGCAAAACUUCCAGACAGCCUGCUGUAAGACCGAUGUCGUGGGUACAAAGGUCUACGGCACUUGCGAAUGGGGCCAGUAUCCGAAGUGCGAUGCUCAGGAAGGCUGCCCCAAUCCUCUCGGCAACAAGAAGAUGGGCUCUCUGUUGGCCUACUCGGCGUCUGGAUCUGGUGGUGGCAACUGCGACGACGCGAAGAAUGAACUUGGUCUCAAUGUCCCUGGUGUGCAGUACCGUAAGUUCUGCUGUAACGACAGCGACAAGAACCUUCGCUUCACAGAUUGCCAGAAGUUCAGGAAUAUUGGGCCGGAACCUGAGGUCAUGCCCAGAGGUUUCUGCCGCAGUGGUUGUCCUCCCGAUCGCAUCCAGGUAGCUAUUGACACCCAGGUCGAUACUUGUGCUAUCGCAGGGGUUGGAGGAAUGGCUCAUUGCUGCAAGACAGACUAUGCCGAGAUUUUUGAGGUGGAGAACCCCAAGAUUGACGCAUUUGAGAACGACGUCAAGGCAUGGUUCAAGAACCCAACUUGUCCAAAAGACAACGGUGACCUUUUCAAGCGCUUUGAUCCGACAAACGACCUUGCGAUUAACUCAUCGAUCUCCAUGGAUUUAUCCCCGAGGGCCAAAGAAUUGGAGGCCGAGCAUUCGAUGGUUAUAGUGCUGGCCCGGCUCAUCGCCGGCAUGGUCUCUAAAGAGGUGGCAGAGGCACUCACACCAAAAUGGGAUCUUGUUGUGGAGGAAGAAUAUCCGAAUCUGGUCGUACAGACCCUCCAGAAAGCGAAGAAGGAGGUGCCCGAAUGGGAGGAUGAGGACCCCGAAGUCAUGUCGCAUUUCACCAUCUGCGAUCCUCAACGGGCCAAUGCUAGGAUCGCUGCUAUACUGGGUAAGGGCAGUGAUGGUAGAACAUUGACACUUAACUGCACAAAUGCCAUUUGCGAGAAUGGCGUUUGUAAUACCUUCCCAGAUGCAGACAAGAGGCGAAGUAACCUUUUAUCCACUCGACAUUCACAUUCUGCGGCACAUCUCCAUAUCCAUCGCUCAUUAAUCGCGCGUCAAGCAUCUGAAGAAGACACUGAAGUAACUAUGGAGGAUAUAGAUGGCAGCGAAACGAAAAUUGAAUACAAAAUUCCUGGGCAUGACGAACCCAAGUCACUCGUAAAGAAGAACCGUAGAGCACAGGUGGUCGAAUUCGUCAACAUAGCGGAUUGUUCCGAAACCAGGUUAUGGUUUACCAAAUGGUCCGCCUCAUUGGAAGGUCUGGGAUUCCAGACUGAACAUCUUGUUGACAAGAGCAUUUUGAAGGGCUUCUUGGCACACGCAUCACUUGGAGUGUUGCCAUCUGGAGCUACUAGUAUGUACGGUCCGAUACCAGCUGUGUUCUUCGAAGAGGCUGUCAGACUUGGGCAAGUCCAUCGUGGUUUCCCCCGAAUUUCCGGGGGCUUCGACGACAGCAACUUACUGAGCCGCAUGUUCGAGUGUCUUGGCAGCAAGCUCAACUUCAAAAACUUCGUUAUCGUUUCGGGUGAGGUUAACUCAGCCAAAGGCUUCUUUUACACAUUCCAGAUUAUGUAUUUCAGAAACCCAAUAGCCCUCAACAAGCUCAGAGGUAAGGCAAAAGACAAACUAGACGAAUUACUGGCAACCAUGCGGGCGGUCACUGCAUUUUUUGACUACAUGAACUCAGUCGACUCGUCAGAAGCAGACUCUAAAGGCAAAACAGUCUGGAAAAAGUUUAACAAUAUAGUGAGCAAUGUUGUCAGGCAAUUGCUUUGGGCUGAAAGUCUGUGGGAACGGGAACAUCCAGGUCGUCCUGUUGCAGCAGCUCAGUUCUUCGUGGAGUAUCUCAAGGACCAUUACGCUGAGGUGGGACUUCAUGCCAGAGAGUGGCUUGAGGCGGCUAUCGAGGCACUCGAAGCAGAGCUUGGAGUAUCUUCCGGUGAUAGAGCCCUGGAGAUUAGAAGGGCCAUCGCUCAUUAUAAGAAGAAUAUGGUGCACGUGAUGGUCAAUACCGAUUGGCGCAUCGAUCUCUUGAGGGAUGAUGACGACCCCAGUGAGGGUGAUGAGGAUGGUGAUGAGGAUAUGGAUAUAGACUCAGAUUGA